AUGGACCAACAACAAUCACCACUCAAAAUAAAAUUAAAGGAAAAUAUACUGUACUCAUCAAACCCAAUAUUAAGCGAAGAUGAGAUAGCGGAUUUUGUUUCCUCUAUGAAUACACAAAGCACAGGAAAAAAUGAUCAAAAUAAUUACAGAGAAAAAUAUAAUCAAGUUAAAAAAAUCGAACUUGCUAGCUUAAAUAUUAAUGAUUGGGGAUUGUCUAUUCUUAUUCCCUGUAUAUUAAGGAGUAAAAAUAUUGUUUCUUUAAAUUUAUCAAAUAACAAUUUAACAAAUGAUGGAGCAAAUAAACUCUCUCAAUGUUUUCAGUAUCUUCCAUUUCUCAAUGAAUUAAAUUUAUCUAAUAAUUCUAUAGGACCAGAAGGUGGAAUAAAUAUAAUUGAAAACCUUUUUUCAUUCACCUCAAAUUGUGAAAUUGAUCAUUUUUCAAAUAAUAAAUUAAUAAAAAAUGAAAUUACUACUUUAGCUAGCCAUUCUACAAAUAAUGUUAAAAAAAAUUAUAUAUCAAAUAAUAGUAACAAUAAAAUAUAUGAUCUUGAUUUGUCAGACAAUUUUUUAGGACCUAAUUUUCUUUUACGCCUGACACAAAUACUUGAAUGUAGUACCAAAACUAAUAGUGACACUAAUGGCUCUAUUAAAUAUAAACUAAAACUUAAAAAUAUAGGAAUAGACAGUUUAAGUAUUUUUUCAUUUUUUAAAAAUUGCACCCACGUUGAAAUAUUAGAUAUAUCUGAAAAUAAAUUAAGUUCACCAUCAUUUUGUAAAGAUAUUGAAAUUUUAUUUAAAAAUCAGACAAACAUAACAGAACUACAUAUAUCCGAUAUAUGUAACAAUAGUUGUAAAACUUCACGAUAUAAUAAUUAUGGGAAUGAAAUAUUCUUAACAUUAAUAAAAUAUUUACAUGAUAUCAAAAAUUUAAAAAUAUUAUCUUACACUAAUAAUAAUAUAAAUGAUGAAUCAUUUGAACAAUUUUGCUUUUUUCUUAAAAAUAAUAUAAAUAAUAAAAUUAAAGAAAUCAAUUUAUCAAAUAAUUUUAUAUCAAAUUUAGAUAUAUUAAAUGAAGCAUUAAAAAAUAAUCAAACAUUAAACAUUAUUAAUUUAUCUAAAAAUAACUUAACAGAUAAAAAUAUUAAAUUAUUUACUUAUAAUACAUUAUCAACUAAUUUAAAUAUAUAUGAUAUAUCCUUUUCUUUUAAUAAAUUAACAAACCUAUCUUGUCAUUAUAUUUCUGAUGCUUUGCUAGCACAAUCUAGACUCAUAAAAAAAAACAUCAAAUUAAGUUACAUAAAUAAUAAAAAAUUGUCUAGCUCUAUCUUAAAAUCGCCAUUUCCAACAGAGUCACACCAAAUAGAUGAACAUACAAAUUAUCAAAGUUGUGAAGAAACCACAUUGCCCAACAAUGAAAAUAGUAUAAAAAUACUAAUAUCAAAUAGGCAUAAAGAUGAAAAUAUAUUUUUUUCAUGUAUUGGAAAUAUAAGCUUUAAUAGAGCUACUGAAACAACUAAAAAUUAUUUUAUUCAAAAAAAUAGAAGAAUUUUAAUAUAUGAUAAAAACGAGGCUUUUUUUAAUUCUAAUCAUAAUUUUUCUAUUAAUUGUUUUAAAGGAUUAAAGUUUUUGGAUUUAUCAGGUUCUUCUAUAAACAAUGAAGGAAUAUCUUUUCUUAUGAAGCCAUUAAAUAAACCUUACUGUCCUCUAGAAUUUUUAGAUAUCUCGUCUUUUCAAAGAUUAAAUGAUAAUACAUAUCAAACACUUACAAGUUUAGUGUCAAAUAAAAAAUAUCAAUUUAUAAAUAACACAUCUCGUAUUUUUAAACAUUUGCCUUUAAUUAUUCGAGGAAUACCACCAGCCACUAUUCAACUAAAUGAUACUGAUGAUAAUAUAGAUGAAGAAAACACAGAGUCAACAUGGUGGAAUUAUAAAGAAGGGGAAUGA